UUUGUCCUCACGGUUUUAUGAGGAAGUCUCGGGUACAUGUUCCUGAAGGUGCUCGAUAAAAAACAUGAGCUGAGCUACAACUUCCACUCAACGCGUGAAAACACAAGAAGCUACCAGACAUCAGCGGUUUGUGAGGACAGGAUGUUGAGGAGCAACCCUCCCUCUGACUAUGACACCAGCAGCUAUGCAGGAUCCAUACAGUCCAAUGGUUAUUCCACAAUGGAUGAUGCAUCAUCCCAAAUAUCAAAUUUGUCCAGCCUCAGUGCGAAGUCCAUUUACAUGCAGAGGAGGGAGUACGCAGACUCGUUAAACAAGAUGCUGGACACAUUUCAGUACCGGGUGGAGCACCUGUUUACUUGUAACCUGGAUGGGAAGGAGCUAAAAAACAUCAAAGACUGUGUGGAGCGCCUGAAGCUGCUGGAUCAGAUGGAUCGUGUGUGGGGUCAGAACAUGCUACUGGAGGUGCGAGGAAACAACCUGCUCUUCAAAGACAUCGAAACCAUGGAGGAGCUGGAGUCCAUUCUUCUCAGCGAUGUACAGGAGUUGGAGGCCGUGCUGAAUGCUGAAGUGUACAACUCCCUGCUCACCCUGUCAGUUCAGUCCAGAAACAAACACACCACCACGGUCUUCAUGUUCCAGUGUGAAGACGUCAGGGCUGAUUACAUUCAAAAGAGUCUAUCCCAAACAUUGACACAUAGAAGAGAAGAGUCAGGCCUCAGUAGAAAUGUGAAAGUAGCAGAAGGACCUAAAAAAGAAAAACAACCACAGUGGAUUCCUUCUGACUACGGAGAGGCUGAUUAUCCUAAGAGUGAACCACAUCCAACUCAGGGCAGGGAGGUUGAGAAGAAGGAGGACACUCCACCGCGCCGGGAGCAGGCCCCGCCCCAGCCCCCUCUCGUUGCACCCCCUCCGAGAGCAUACACCGAGCUGGAGAGGAACGUGGAUAUUUUGAAUCACAUUUUAAAUGAGAUAGAAAUCUUCAUGGGGAAAAUAGCUGCUAUAGAAGCUAAAAGUGCAAAGAAAAACAAAAAGAAGAAGAAGAAAGGAAAAGCUUUGGAUGGAAUGCCUCCUGCAGAAGAAUUUGCAGAAUGUUUCCAUAAAUGCAAAUAUGGUUUUAACCUUCUGGCAGAGCUCAAUAAAAAGAUCCAUAAUCCAGGAGCGCCUGAAUUCAUCCACUCCUUAUUCUCAACAUUAGCAUAUUUGGUGUCUCACUGCCCCAAAGAUCAACCGGCCACCAUUGUGGCGCCGCUACUCACCCCUCAAUGCAUCCGUCUCCUGAGUGAAGAGGCGUCCAGCGAGGAGGACGAGCUGUGGCAGUCUCUGGGAGACCCCUGGAACAUCCCCAGUUCCCAGUGGCCUGAGGACGAUGAGGACAUUCCAGUUUACAGCCUGGAGUUCAGUGAUGGCUGGCAGCCCCCUGAAAUAACUGCAGCACCUGCACCGAGCGAACCAGCGAGCAGACAGGAGAGUCCCAAACCUGCUCCAAAACCAAAACCUUCACCUCCACCUCAAAUUCAAAGCACAACUGAGCAUAUCUAUGCCAAGUGUAAACCAAAACCACCAAAAGCUAAAAACUUACCUGAAUCAAAACGGUGUGACCUGCGCGUUAAGUAUGACUUCAUUGCAAGAAAUCAUCGAGAGCUCUCCAUCAUGAAAGGAGAAAUCGUGGAGCUGUUGGACAAGUCGAAGCAGUGGUGGAAAGUGAAGAACAGCAACGGGGAGGAAGGUUAUGUGCCCAAUAAUGUCCUGGGGGCUGAUGACGAAUCAUCUGUUGAGAAAUAUGAGGCAUCUCCAUUGCUAACAAGAAAAUCCAAACCACCACAAGUGAAAGCCUGGCUGGAAGACAAGGAGUUCAGCCAAAUCACCGUGCGCUGUCUAGGCGGGCUGAGCGGCCCCAUGUUGUUGGGAAUGACCAGAGAGGAACUGAAAAUGGUGUGUCCAGAGGAAGGAGGGCGGGUCUUCUUCCAGCUGCAAGCAGUCAAGUCUGCCUUAGCUUGAAAAGGGCACCCUGGGAGCAGAGGGGAGGAAAUAUGCUUGGACCAAAACAGUGAAUGGAAACUGGAUUUCAGCUACUAAUAAGCAACAGAAAAAAGUAACUUUGGCAUUUAGUCACUUUCUAUAAUCAAGAAAGAUACUUCAUAUUUAUACAUAAUUUUAUUAUUUAUAAAAUAUUAAAAAAAUGUGACUUUUAAAUGUAUAUUAGUGAAGUUGUUUAGUGUUAUUCUGAAAUGUUUCAAGUCAUCAAAUUAGCACAUUUGAUGAAGUGUAAAUAGAAGUAUCGCAAAUGAUUUAGUAACACGUUAAUAUUGCAGCAUAACUGAACACUAAUAACACAAGUAUGAUUUUUAUUGUCAUUCUGCAACCUGUAAAUUAAAGUCUGGCACAAGUUGA